AUGAAGACAAGACUGAACACAAGCCAGAAGACAAGCCCGGAGACAAGCCCGGAGAUAAGCCCGAAGACAAGCUGGAAGACAAGCCGGAAGACAGAUCGGAAGAAAAGCCUGAAAACAAGCAGCAAAACAAGCCCGAAGACAAGCCUGAAUACAAGCCGGAAGACAAAUCGGAAAACUAGCCUGAAAAGAAGCCUAAAGACAAGUCCUAAGACAAGCCCGACGACAAGGCGGAAGAAAAGCCCGAAGACAGGCCGGAAGACAGACCAGCCUGAAAAGAAGCUUGAAGACAAGUCCGAAGACAAGCCCGAAGACAAUGCGGAUGAAAAGCCUGAAGACAACCCCGAAGACAAGACGGAAGACAGGCCGGAAGACAAGCCGGAAGACAAGCCCGAAGACAAGCAGCAAGACAAGCCCGAAGACAAGCCCGAAGACAAGCUUGAAGGCAAGCCUAAAGACAAGUCUGAAGACAAGCCUGAAGACAUGCCAGAGGACAUGCCCGAAGACAAGCCUGAAUACAGGCCUGAAUACAAGCACAAAGACAAGCCGGAGGACAAGCCUGAAAACAAGCCCAAAGACAAGCAGGAAGACAAGCCUGAAUGCAAGCCGGAAGACAAGCCGGAAAACUAGCCUGAAAAGAAGCCUGAAGACAAAUCCGAAGACACGCCGGAGGACAAGCCUGAAAACAAGCCCGAAAACAAGCCCGAAGACAAGCCCGAAGACAAGCCUGAAGACAAGCCUGAAGGCAAGACUAAAGACAAGUCUGAAGACAAGCCUGAAGACAAGGCGGAGGACAAGCUUGAAAACAAGCCCGAAGACAAGCCUGGAGACAAGCAUGAAGACAAGACUGAACACAAGCCAGAAGACAAGCCCGGAGACAAGCCCGGAGA